AUGAAUCCAGCGAUGAAAUAUACUGAUUUUUUUGGCCCCGGAGGGGCUUUUGCGCUGCGAAACGUACCCUAUUCCCACCCCGCCGCAAAACAAAUCCGGAAAAAAGGCGCCCACUUCCCCGCCGACACAGAAGCGAAAGCAUCGCCCACAACUGCCCAGCAUGGCUCCGCCCCGUCUUUCGACCACCUUCGCGAGGCCGACCUCGAUGAGGAGGAAUUCGAUGAGGAUGAGAUUGAUAUCUCCGAUCUCCGCGAAAAGUAUGAGGUUCAGCUCGAGCACGGCUACGACACCUUUAUCGUCGUCGAUGGCCUCCCCGAGGUCACCGAGGAGCAGAAGCCCAGGCUCGUCAAGUUCUUGAUGAAGAAGUUCAACUCUGUCGGAUCCACCCGCGAGGAAGCUAUUUACAUGCCCUUUGGAGAUAACGGCAAGUCGCUAAGGUUUGCCUUUGUCGAAUUCUCCUCUGCCAGCGAGGCCGCCGCUGCCAUCGAUGAGUUUACCCCCAAGGAGCAUCUCAAGGGUUUCCUCAAGGACCCCAGUGGCCGCGGCCGUGACCAGUUCGUCAUGUACCGGGGCGACAACGUGGGCGUGUUCUGGAACAACGAGAAGGAGAACCCCGAGGGAAUCGUCGACAGGAAUCACUGGACCGAGACCUUUGUGCAGUGGUCUCCCCUGGGUACCUAUCUCACCUCCAUCCACCAGCAGGGUGUGCAGCUCUGGGGUGGUCCUUCGUGGAAGAGCCUUCAGAGGUUCCCCCAUCCCUUUGUCAACCUCGUCGCCUACUCCCCCAACGAAAACUACCUCGUCACCUGGUCUGCCCGCCCCAUCUCCGUGCCCGAGGAAGGCCACCCUAUUCUUACUAUUGACGAUGACGGCAAGAACUACGUAAUCUGGGACGUUCGCACCGGCAAGUCCCUGCGUUCCUUUGCCAACCUCGAUGCCGCGGGAAGCAGCGGCAGCGACGACGGCGGCAAGCAGCGCAAGUUCCCCUGGCCUGCCUUCAAGUGGUCGGCCGACGACCAGUACGUCGCUCGUCUGAACCAGGGCACCUCCAUCUCCGUUUACGAGCUCCCUCGUAUGAACCUUCUAGACAAGACCUCGAUCAAGAUUGAUGGUGUCAUGGACUUUGACUGGGCCCCGCGACCCCCGCCGCGAGGGUGUCAAGCAGAGGUUGUCCGUACACUCAACCUCUUCAACGUCUCGGACGUCAAGCUCCACUGGCAAUCCGAGGCCGCGUACCUUUGCGUCAAGGUUGACCGCCACUCCAAGUCCAAGAAGUCCCAGGCCACGACGCUGGAAAUCUUCCGCGUCAAGGAGAAGGGUGUUCCCGUCGAGGUCGUCGACACCAUCAAGGACACCGUCAUCAACUUUGCCUGGGAGCCCAAGGGUGACAGGUUUGUCAUCAUCACGACGACCGAGCCUCCCGGUCCCACCGCCGGUCCUACGGCAGGCAACUUCAAGCACUUGAGGACGCUAGAAAAGAAGAACAGCAAUGCCAUUUACUGGUCGCCCAAGGGCCGCUUCGUCGUCAUCGCCACCGUACACAACCAGCAGAGCUCCGAUCUGGACUUCUUCGAUCUCGACUUCGAGGGCGAGAAGCCCGAGGGAGAGAAGGACCUCACUGCCAACCUCCAGCUCAUGAACACGGCAGACCACUACGGUGUCACGGAUGUCGAGUGGGACCCCUCGGGUCGCUUCGUCGCGACGUGGGCGUCUGCCUGGAAGCAUGCGAUGGAAAACGGAUACCAUAUCUACGACUUCAAGGGUGAGCAACUAAAGGAAGAGGCCCUUGAGAAGUUCAAGCAGUUCUCGUGGAGGCCGCGUCCUCCUACGCUCCUCUCCAAGGACGAGCAGAAGCAGAUCCGAAAGAACCUGCGCGAGUACAGCCGCGUGUUCGAACAAGAAGAUGCGGACCGCGGUGCUUCGGCGGAUCGCGAAGUUGUCGAGGCGCGUCGUCGCCUCCUCGACGAGUGGGUUGCCUGGCGCGAGCAGAUCGAGUCCGAGGUGCACGAGGAGCGCGAGAUAUACGGUCUCCCUCAGGACCCCGUGGCGGAACUUCUCAAGGCCAAGGUGGCUUCUCUCGAGGGCACACAGGAAGAGACCCUGAUCGAGGAGAUUGUAGAGGAGGUACUCGAGGAGAACGAGGAGAUCAUCACCUAA